AUGUACCUACAAAGCCAACAGAUGUUGCAAGCUCGACAUGCCAAAUGGGUGGAAUUCCUACAAGUCUACAACUUCAAUAUUAAGCACAAAUUGGGAAAGCUAAACAGAUGCGCAAAUGCAUUAUCUCGAAGGUACCUCUUAUUAAAUUCUUUGCAAAAUAACAUAGUUGUUCUAGAAUUUUUGACGGAGUGUUAUGCCCACAAUGGCGAUUUUGGGGAGAUCUAUCAAUCAUGCAAAGAUCAACUCCAAGGCUACUAUUUCAUUCAAGAUGGAUAUUUGUUCAAAGUACUAAAAGCUUGUAUCCCUAAGCAUAGUGUUCGAGAGUUUCUCUUCAAAGAAAAUCAUGAAGGUGGAUUAGUCGGGCAUUUUGGUGUCGACAAGAUUCUUCCUUUAAAGAAAGAGCACUUCUUUUGGCCACGCUUAGCACGAGAUGUUGAAUUCCUUAUCCAAAGGUGCACCACUUGUCAUCAUGCUAAAGUACAUAAAUUUCCUCAAAGAUUGCUAAUGCCAUUACCGAUUCCAAAGACACCAUGA